GAGACGAAGAUGGAAGUUACGCAGCUGCAAACAGCUUUCGGGCUGCUGGAAGCCGAACGCAGAAGAACACCAGUCGGGUCCCCCGUGGCACAGAGCAAGGACACAGGGGUCAUGCAAGUCUCCGACGCAGCCUUGCUGCUACGCGUCGAGGCGCUGGAGGCACAAGUUGACGGCCAGGUGCCGCGAUCACUACAGGUGGAGGCGCAGGUGAAAGAGCUGCAAGCUACCAUCGUGCCUUUGGGCAAUCGCAUGCAGGCCUUAGAGGCCGAGCUCCGCAAAUGGGACUGGGACACCACAGCGGCGCGCCUGAAUGCUGCGGAGGCCGAGAUCACUCGACUCGGACGGGACAACAAUUUCGCAGAAGGUGUGAGAUCCGAUGCCGGGGCCUGA